AUGACUCCUGCCCCCGCACUCCUGCGCGCCGCCUCGUCGUCUCUGCACCGGGCGACGGGGGGCCGCGUCCACCUGGCCAGCGUCACGCUGGCGGUUCCGCGGCACUGGCCCCGACGUCCCGGUGCCCAGCAGGUGCCCCAUGACCCGUGGUCCAGGGCCGACAUACGCAUCGUGAAUGAUGGACCCAGAUCGCCCUGGCCGAAGCUGCGCGCGCCCAGCGCCCUACACGCGGGCGCCUGCGGACAGCGCGGCGAACACGUGCUGCUGCCGCUGGCCGCGCUGCCGACGAACUGGUCGUCGGACGAGACGGCCAGUGCCGCCGGCUACCAACUGGCGCGGGAGUGGGCCCGUUACCGGUACGCAGUGCUCGGCGAGUUCGCAACCGCUGAGGACAUCUGGUACCCGGAGGACAGCUGUAACGGCACGUCUCCUGGCACCUGCGCCAACAACUCCAUAGACGCAGCAGGCGUCCUACAGCGGGUUGAUCAGCCCUGCGACCGGAUGUCCACCUGGCAGCUGAUCACCAGCAGUGACGACUUUAAAGGACUUCACUCAUUGAAGAAUAAUGAACCAAACAUGACAACUUUUCGAGAAAUACAACAAAAUAUCUCCAUAGGAAGACACUUGGUUAUCAUUUUUGAUGUUUCGUAUACAAAAAAGGACGCUGCUUCGUUGGCGGCUUUCAAGGAGGCCAUCGCCUCAGUCCUCAUCGACGAGCUCGACGAUGGUGCCUUGGUCUCACUUGUCUAUUUCGUGAAUGGCAGCAGCCUGCAUAGUGGUCCCGUAACGUUGAACAAAGCCACACGGAGUGCUGUCACCAACAGACUGCUUGAAUUACCCAUGGAGGGACCUACUUGCACCCUCUGUGGGCUACGUUUGACACUGCAACUACUGAGCUCCGCACAUGGACAGAGUUCCGAAGGGAGCCUGGUGGUCCUUUUCAGUGACGGCAAGGCCCUUGAAGCGCCGCCGUCCUCGGCUGAAGGGAACAGUGAUGGCUUCCUCGAAGUGGUCCCACAUUUUCAACGGGCAAGGGUGUUCAUCACCACCGUCGCAGUAGGUGGCACCGCGUCGUCGGAUCUCGAGAAACUGGCCUUGGAGACCGGAGGCAGAACAUUCGCCAUCUCCGAUACAAACGCCACGGCAGAGAAACGAAGCUGGAUAGCGGUGCAAGAUGCCCUCUUGGAUGACCCGGAUGAGCUUUCCUCCGCAGACGAUGCCUUGCGUAACGAAAGCUCGGCUCUCUACUAUGGCACCGGCGACAGGCGUAGCUCGGGCCUCUUAGAGGCGCGAACUGGUCUGUGCUUCGAAGACCCAGUCACGUUGCGGGUACGCGUGCCAGAGUACAUCGACUCGUACCGGACCGCCCUGGUGCUUGCGUCUCUGACAAAGGGGCUGUGCCCGGUAGUUCGCGCAAACGUAAGAGGGCUCAUGUUCUUCCAGGGCAACAGAACCGGCCAAGGGUUCUUACUCCACGACUCGGGACUCGGCGAAGAUGUCUACGCCGACGACGGCAUUUACACGGGCCAGCUCACGAAGCGCCUUGUCAAAGGUCGCUACAGCAUCGCCGUCGAAGUCAGCAACAGUUCGCAGACACAGGUUCUCGACUGGAUCCAGAAUGAGGUUCCGAAAGGAUCGCCCACUGUAGCAGGGGAGCGUGCAUCCACGGACAACUCCCUGGCUGGUGUGCGUGGUCACUCUACGGGCGCCUUCUCAAGGACGUCAGCGGAGCACCCGCUGUUGGUAAAGGAAGACAUGAAGGAGAGCCAUGUGCCACCUGGCAAGGUUCGGGACCUGAGCGCUUCCGUCGGCUCGCACGAAGGCCGCCCCACUGCCCGCCUCUCCUGGACGAUGCCCGGCGCACACGCCUUCGAAGGAACUGUCUCGUCUCUCGAUGUCCGGUUGUCUCGGAGCAUGCAGACGAUGCUCGACUUCUUCCACAACGCCACCGCCAUCUCAGAACGAGACCUUGUCUCCGGCUCGCUUUCGCCACUACCGGCGUUUUCCCGCCAGCAGGCAACCGUUUCCAUCCCGUCUACCGUCAUUUUCGGCCAUAACGAAGACCAAGCACCUGCGGUGUUACCAGCUGGGCACGCUCCUUCGGCGUCUGGCCACAACGUCUACUUCGCCCUGGUCACCACCAACGCCGAUGGUUCGCACUCCGAAGUCUCUAACCUGGCGAGAGUAUUCGUCGCUGCUAACCUUACCGCCCCAGCAGGUAGCGCGAGCGCUUUGGCGGGAGCCGCUGGGUUAGUCCCGGCAGAAAUUUUGGUCGGCAAAAGAGAUUCCGAAGACGCAGACACGUCGCUACCGAUGCAGCCAUUAACGUCCUUCAUGUCACCACCUAUGGAGGAACCGGCGACGACACCGGAGGUGCCAACACCUCCACCGACACUUCCGAAUGAUGUUACGCCUCCUACGGAAGGUCCAGACACACCCGAGUCCACCACACCUUCUGCGGAAAUAGAGGAAGAGAGCCCUGAUGAAAAUAUCGAACCACAGGAACCAGAUGACUCUGUCCCUACCACUGAGAAGGAAGAGAAUGUCGCUACUGCAGAGGAGACCCCAGCGUCAACAUGGCAGAACGAGGUAUCGUCCGCUCAGCAGCCUGGGGUGAACGCGACUGAAACUGGCCAGAAUGCAACCACUCCACCUAUUGCAGAGAAGAAAGAAGUGAACAAGAACGGCCAAGAGGAAGAUGACGAUGGCAUUUUGCGGGCCUGGAUACUGUUUGCCGCGUUCAUGGUGGCGUGUCUUCUCAUCUGUGCUAACGUGGCAUUCCUGUACUGCAGGGCACAGUACGAAGUGGACGCAGGUCCGCCCAGCCCUGGUCCAACUUCGGGUUAUGACACUUUCUAGUGAAGGUCGAAAUAAAACGGAAGAACAAGGAGGUAACAAGAGACAAACUGUGCCA